AUGAAGGAUACCUCCCCGAGUGGCCCAUUUCUCUCUCUAGCACGCGAACUGCGCGACAAAAUCUAUGACUUCUUGCUGUACACACCUAUUGGAACACCUUCCACGUCCAUCUCUGGGCAUCUUAUAGACGUUUCAGAACCCUACUGGAUGUUUAUGACCCGUCCAAAACUUGAUUGGCACUGGCAGAUACCAGUCAGUCGAGGCUCCUGCUUUGGCAUUCUAUACGCUUGCCGCCAAGUAUAUGCCGAAGUUGUAGAAUGCAUCGAAAGACAGGACGGACGUGGUGGCAUGUCCUUCGAGCUCGAGAUUGCUCUCAUCGGGGUACCACAUCCCGAAGAUAGAACAAUCUUGGGUGUCGAACAAGUAUGGCCAAGUUGGAUUGUGCUUCCACUGUGCACGUAUCCGGUAUUCUUACAUGAUUCCAAAAACUUUGCAGGCUCUCCAUUGACCUCUACGGGUGUCAAUGCGAAGUGCAAGAAUCUCGACGUUUCGUUGAAGCUACAAUCGGAGGUCGCUUACAGAUGGCUCGUUAUCUCGGGACUGUCAAGACUGACUCAAAUUCUCUUCACGAUGUUAGCCAGAUUUCUGUUGUAUGGGCCUUUGGGACUAUACAGAAACACGGAUACCAAUCGUGUCUGGAACAUAGACAUUCUAACUGUGAAUGUCAUGAGCGUUGGGACAUUCACAGAUCCUUACAGCGGCCAAUCUCGCCCGGUGCCAAUCGAAGUCGUCGAGGAGAGCGUCGGCUUCCUAUCUCGCUACAUAAACGAACUUUGUACUGAAGGUGCAUUAUCUGACCGAGUCAGUGUGGUAAGAUUCGCUGUGGAAGGCGAGCUUAAACGCGAAUGGCUAAUUAAUCGAGGGGAAGGGUUGUCGCCUCUUGCGAAAAAGGAUUGGGCAGCUUACGGAUGGAAGAUCGAUGCACAGGACAGGUCGAGAGAAUCUAAUUUACACCAUGUUGUCAAUACGAAUAUCGCACCUAGAAAACGAAAGUCUGUUCUGGGAUCGAGAUCAUGUUGCAGAAUGCAGUAA